AUGCCCGAAACACGCGUCCAUACCGACUUCGCUGCCUCAAUCUGCCACAGGGUUACUGGUGCGGCCGAGCCUCUCAUCGAGGACUUCCGAUCCAGGGGUACCCCCGAUAUCGAGCUGAAGGGCAAGUCGAAAUCGCGAUCCAAGAAGGUUCUUGACAUUGCCUGGGGUCGUUUCCCCCUCGAGACGAACCCUCCUAUUGUCGCCGAGGUUGCCUACUCCCACCCCAGCGGACCCCAGGACCUCGAAAUCCUGAAGGUGAUGCAGCCAGACGGCUUCGCGAAGAUUUUGAUGGACUGGAAACCGUUCAGCGCCGAUGCGAGCUUGUCGCUCUACUUCUCCGACAUGGUCAGGGAUACGUCGGACGUUCCUCACGGACAGGUUCGCCAGUGUUUCGACUCCCAUGAACACUCCCACGACGAUCUCGCAAACAUCCACAUUCCAUUCAGCGAGCUUCGAGACAUGCUUAGAGUCGCCAUCGCCACCGCCAUCCAGGACCGCGAUAUCCCUCACGACGGUGAUGAGUCGGAGGAGGAGGCAGAUAUGGCAGACGGAGAUAUUGAUGGCCACACAUCCAUAGACGAGGAACAUCUCCCAUUAACUCCUUAUGACGCCAGCUCGCGCAAGUCCUUCAACACGUUCCUGAUCAACCAGACGAUGAACUUUGUGCAGGCCGUCAUCGACACGACGCGGCGGUACUGGGGCGUUUUGACGGUCGAAGACGGGUCUCGGGGCGCUCCACACGAGAUUUUGACGGUGCUAAAUAGCCAUCUAAGUCGACCCCAUGGAUUAUCCUUAUCGUCCCCAAACCUCCCACAGCCCAGAUCUCCCCCUCCCCUUCCAUCGCCUUACUUGCCGCUUGACAUCUUGCUCGUUAGCGACGACCCGGUCAGCUCGCCGUUACACACAGGCAUCUUGUCCGCGGAUCUCGCACCAGGCGCGAUGCUAGCCAGAUCGCACACCGGCAUCUCGGUACACAAAUCGACCACGCUGCGGGUCGUCAUCUUCAUCCAGCCAGACCAUAUCCCGGCUGCUGCUCUACCCCUCCCCCGGGACGCCUGUGCUCUGUCCGCCUCGGCCAAGUCUCCCUCGGCGAAAUCAGCCCCGACGCACUUAACCCAGAAGUAGGGGUCCCGGUCGACGCCCUCUAGCACCUCUGUCACGAAACAGGGAUGGUAUCAGCACUUGUCAAGCAUCUUGCCACGUGCUUUCUCACGUGGAUAUCACAUUCUCUUAGUCUAUAGACUGCUCUCAUGUGCUCAUUCCAGAUGGGUUACUUCAAGCCACUUUAACCCACUUCAUAUGACCAUUGCUGCGUGCCAUAACUCGUGACAACCUCUGCAUCAGCAAACAGGAACGCGCGCUGGUUAGGGCUGUCGCGCAUGAGGGGUAGCGACUGGCCGUUGCCGUUGUCAUCGUCGUCUCAGGAGCUGCGACUGGUCACCGCCGCCUGUUUGUAAAUCUUGCGCACCUCGCCCAUGGUCAUGUCCGCGAGCAGGGCGGCGUCGGAGCGGGCGUCGAGGACGAA